UUUACAUUGAAAAAUGGCGACAUCCACGGAUUUUUAUUUGCGGUAUUAUGUUGGACAUAAAGGAAAAUUUGGGCAUGAGUUCUUAGAAUUUGAGUUUCGGCCUGAUGGCAAACUAAGGUAUGCCAAUAAUUCCAACUACAAGAAUGACACAAUGAUCAGGAAAGAGUCCUAUGUACACAAAUCUGUGAUGGAAGAAUUAAAGAGAAUAAUAGAAGAUGCUGAACUAAUGCAGGAAGAUGAUGUAUUAUGGCCACCACCAGACCGUGUAGGAAGACAGGAACUAGAGAUAGUAAUUGGUGAUGAACAUAUAUCAUUUACAACAUCAAAGAUUGGAUCAUUAGUGGAUGUCAACCAAAGCAAAGAUCCAGAAGGACUGAGGACAUUCUACUACUUAGUUCAAGAUCUUAAAUGUUUAGUAUUCUCACUAAUUGGUCUCCAUUUCAAAAUCAAACCAAUUUAAAGAAGGAUGUGUAGUGAUAAUGACAAUAAGAAUAUUGAUCCAGGAGAGAUGAAUACAGAUUAGACAUGAAGAAAGAUUUUAAUCAUGUGCACAUACAGGAAAAAAUACAAAUACAAUUUACCAUUGUAAACUUUUAAAUUUUAGAAAAGCAAUUCUUUUUACAGAGUCGUUGUAAUGAGCAAACAAACAGACUCAAACUUUAUCAGAAUUCAUCAGUUUCAUUAUGACAGUAAAAUCAUCAAAGAUUCAUCUGUUUGUUUUUAUGUUGUAUGUAAUAAAACAUUUUAUAAAUAAAUAUCUUGUAGAACUCA